UUAAGAUUGUUGAUUUCAAAAUUUUAGUCAUUUCAACAAUUUUAAGCGUACGAAAUCGCGUGUAAUAGCUAGUUAUUUGCAAAACUCUCCAGGAAGUUGUGUCGAACAGCGAUCUACCAACAGCGUCGAACUCAAAAUCCAGCGAGCUAGUUGCAGCUUCGCGAAAAUGUCCUAGCACCAAGCCUAGCACAAGUUCAUCGAGCUUGAAGCCUAAAAAAUCAUCGAGCAUCCUCGGGGCGUUCGUGCGGAGGCGAAAAAAGUCCAAAGAGGCGAUCGAAACUCAAAAUUUAGGACCUAACAAAAGUAACUCCACCGUGUACUCUGAAGACGUGGAAGUAGAGGUUUCUGAAAAUUAUGAGAAGCAUAACGAAAGUGAAGCGGAAGACAAUAAAAGCUCAAAGCCUAAAAAUACGCUCAUAAAUUCUGAUUCAGAGUAUUCCGUAGAUACAGGCCAUAAAACCAAGCGAGCAUUUUUUAAGAAAUUCAUGAGGAGGUCUUUACAAGGAAACUCUAAAGGCAAAUGCGACGAGGAAGUUAAAAUCCAAUCCAGCAUGACCGACAUGACCAUGGGCAUGCCUGACGCUACCGGGGAAAGUAAAAUCUGUAAACACUGUCGGAGUAAGGAAAAAUGUGGUAAUGAUGAUGACGACCAAGGGAUUUCUUCGUUAGAUACGGACUUCGUAGUCUUCACUUCUUUCAUAUUGACCUUGAAAUAACCUUCAAAUGACUUUGAAACGCUCUUCAAAUGACCCAAUACGAUCCAACUGUUCUCAGAAUCAGACUCAGCGACUGCUGAAAUCUGUGAGCCUGAUAGUUAAGUGCCAGAUUCAUGAUUAGUUAAAACUUCAGCAAACCCACUAUGAACGCAACCUUAGCGACCGGUCUGCAGUUUGUUCAUGAGCUUUGUACCAGGCUUUUGGAAAGUGAAAAUCAUUUCAUUCAAAUAUUCAGCAAGUAUAUCAGAGACCCCAGCUUGCAAAGAGAACUGUUAGAUACCCUGAAUCAACAUUCGAAAUUGCAAUGGGAGACAGAACGUAGAACCAACACAUUGGCAAACGACAUGUGGAUAUAUCAGAUAGAGAUAGGAAGAACCCAAGAAAAAACCCUACAGGAGACGUUGAAUGCUUUGGUUAAACAGAACAGGCAAUUGCAACUUGAUCACGAGACAUUGUUUAAGAAAAACGAGAGACUUGUUAGAAAUCUUAGAGCACUGCCUGAUGGACUAAGAGAUAAAUGCAUGGAAUUUGAUACUCAGAUGGACCACACGGAUAAGCAUAACGAAAAGUUAUGCUACAAACUCGAAAGAUACUUGGCAGAAAUAGAAAGCUUAGAAAACGAAUUGGACAUCCUUCAGAAACAAAAUGAUUGUUUAGAACAGCAGCUUAGGAACUCAACAUCACAAAUUCAAAAUGUAAAAGCAAUGUUCCAGAGGUCUAAGACAGACUACGAAUUAGAAAUCGUGGAUUUGAACCACAGGUUGCUUCAAAGGGAAGCCAUCAUCAAAGAAGCUACCGAAGCUGGAGACAUUCUGUUAGAAGACUUGGAUGGUGUCAAAAGGCAGAUAAAAAGUCGAUCACUGGAUAUUAAUUGGAGCAAGUUCAAGUGUCGUGGCAGCGGUCUAACAGACUUGCUACACCUGGCGAGAAUUUGUAUCAACGAGUUGUCCAAAGAGUUGUUCAACCAAAGCAAUGAGAUGAUUCUAAGAGACAAAGACAUUCAGAAUCUCCAAGACACCAAUGCGAAGCUGCGGGAAAGUCUAAAAAGAUCAACGGGCGAGUUGAAUAGUAUUUCUAUGAAAAUUAAUGACGGUACCUUGGUCGAUUCGAGCCAAGUAGUUCAGGAAGAAAAGUACAGAAUGUUGAAGGCAGAGUUGAAAAUCAUGGAAGAGAAAUCGGAAAAUAAUGAAGCCAAGCAAGAGGCGGAGAAGAAAGAUUUGAUAGAUAGAAUUGAAGAACUUAAUGCAAUUAACAAAGAAUUAUCACAGAAAGACAUCAUGAUGGAGCAAACAAAAACGUUCUUGUCGAGUAUCACGUCCGAAAACUUAGCUCUCCAUAGACAAGUAGAAAGUCUUAACCGGGUGCUAUCAGAGUCUGGUGCCGGAGACGUUUUUAAAGAAAUGUCUCGUGCUCAAGAGCAGUUGGUGUACUUCCAGUCUCAGUACCAUCAGAUACUGAAUGAGAAACAAGCAUGGGUAAACGAAAAUAAGCUCCUCAGAUCAGAAAACAGGAAUAUAGUUCAGCAAUAUGAAGAGAGGUUCAGGGUAAUACAGCACCAACUGAAGGAGUUUGAAGGUGCUAGUGAGGAGAAUAAAAUAUUGAAACAAAAAUUGGAACAAGAAAAGCAAACUGUUUUAUCUUUGCAAAAUGAAAGGAUGAGGUAUCUCGAAGGAAGGAACAUUAUCAAAACCAUAUUCCAACAUGUGAAGGCUGAACUUAAAAGAGUCUCUGAACUCGAAGGUACCGUGGCAGAUAUGGGCCAGGAAGCGAAAAAAUUGGCAGUAAUAAAUAAUCAAAACCUUCAGCUCCACAAGUACUCACUAAGGUUCGUUCACAGAUGAUUGCCGAGUACAACAAGCAGAUCGGCGAUAAGCUAAAAACUGAAAUCAUCGAGAGAGACAAAAAGAUAUUGCAGCUUAGAAGCAGCGUUCAAGAACUUACUGGUAUACAAAUAAAGAAUACCAAAGAGAAGAUGUCACUUUGUUGCGAGCUGUCAGAAGUGUGUCAAAUCAAAGAACAUCUGAACGGUGUUCUUUCUUUGCAGAUGCGGAAAAAUGCUGCACUUGGAGAUUCGAAAAAAGAGUUGGCACAAACAGCUAGUUCACAGAUCAAGAAAUAUGCAGAGCAACAAAUCUCGGAAAGGACUGCGAUUCGAGACCUGCUGAAAGAUAUCAAGCUGGUCAUGGAAGAGCGAGAUCAAAUGACUAAGCAAAGUGAGCGGCUUCUGGAAGAGAUGAGUGAGCUUAAAUCGGCAAAAGAAAAGCUUAAAAAAGCGUUCGAUGAAGUUCAAUUGAAAAAAGAUCAUCUAGAAUUAAGGGUACAAGAUAUGUCUGCAAAGAUCGAGGAGGAUAAGGCAAAUAUUUCAGGAAUGCAAGAAAGGAUAAAUAGUGAUGUUAUCAAAUAUACAGAAACAGUAAGGAAAUUAGAGAAACUACUUAUUCAGAAACAGGCUGCCUGCGAUCAACUGAAAAUGGAGCGAGAUGAUUUGGAUAACACGGUGAAAUAUCUUCAGAAUAAUACACAAAAAUUGCACCAGGAUCUUAACGAAUCAAGAAAGAAUGAAAAGGAGCUAAAGGAUGCUCUGAAUAAGAGCCUGAUCAAGAAAGAAGCUCUCGUAAAAGAAAAGCGAGAACUUCAGUAUAUGCUGACGGUCGUGAACGAAGAAAAAAACAAACUGUCGAACGAGGUCGACCAGAUGAACGGAAUUUGUGAAAAGGUCAUCAAAGAAUGUGAAGAUAAUCUGAAGAAAUCCUUAGAAAAAGAGGAGACGUUCAGGAAGCAACUUGAUGAAUCGAAAACGAUCGUACUGUCAAGUGUGAACGAAGGAGAACGACUUGCAAAUUUACUUUGUCAAAAACAAGAUGAAAUCAGGCAGCUGUACGACGAAACUGAAAAUCUGAGGAAACGGGAGAGAAACCUCGCGGAGACUACAAGGUUGUUUGAGAACCAAAAGGCUCAAUUUAUCGACCUCACAAAUAAAAACAUAAAACUAGACAGCGAUCUAACAGAACUAAGAAAUGAAUAUCAAAAAUUGAUGGUCCAUUCGGAUUUGAUGUCGCGAGAGUUGCAGAAUUUGAAGAAUCAAUGUACGAUGAUAAUGUCUCAGAAAGCAGAUGAAUGUCGGUGUCUCAAUAUGCAGAUUGAUGAUACAGUAAGGAAAUGCUCAGAGGCGCAGGAACAAAACAAGCUAGAAAUAAACCAGCUAAAGUUGCAACUAGCUGACCUUACCCAAAAAUUGGGAGAUGAAAAAUCUGCGUACUCAGCUUUGUCCCAGGUGCACAAGGAACUGUCCGCGAAGCUCAUGAAGAGCGUCAAAGAUGUGGUAGAUGAGAAGAACGCCAGGCAAGAAGCAGAAACCGAUCUAAAGGCUGCUGCACAGGCUGAAGUAGACAGAUUGAAGUCAGAAAAGAUGGACUUACAGCAACAAGUCAACAUUUUACUUGACGGUUUGAACGACAGCAAAAAUCGAAUCAAUACUUUGACUCAAGAAAAAGGAAAUGCUCAGUUCUCAUUGGAUGAUCUUCAGAAACGUUACAGUGAUAUGCUUAAGAAAUGUCUAAUUUUGGAAAACGAGGUGAGGUGUGCGGAACAUCACAACAAUUGCGAAACGAGUCACGCAACACUGAGGGACCAGGUGGAACAGUUGAAGGAAGGCUUCCAAGAAAACAACGACACGAUAGUUUCUUUGAAGCAGGACAUCAACAAGUUGGUGCAGCAAAUUACGACACUCGAGUUCCAAAAGUCUGAAGUCACUUUGAGAUUGCAUGAAAUGCAAAAGAAGUACGAGACAGAGCAAAAGGUGUGCGAUCAGCUACAAACCAAGCAUAAAAUGGUCCUGGAAUCUUUGAUAAAGAUGAAAGAAGAUGGAAGAAUGGACGCAAGCGAGUGUAACUGUUUGAUGAAGAUUGUGCAAGGCAACGAUCCAUCUGUUACAUCGGACGUCGAUUCUGAUCUAGUGACGAUCUAAAUACUAUUUUGAACGACAUCUGGAAUGAAUAUAACUCUAUCCAAUCUGAAAAA